AUGUCCUACAGCCGUGACGACUACGGUGGUAACUACUCCGCUGAAUACGGCAGCGGCGGCAGCUAUGGCGGUGGUAGACAGGAGGGCGGUUACUCGGGCGGAUACUCCGAGGAAGGUCGUCACCACCAUGGACACCACCACGGCGGCAGCGGUGCUGAUGGCUACAGCGGUCGGCCGGAAGGAGGAUACUCCAGCGGAAGAUACGGUGAUGACCGUCCAUCAGGAGGAUAUGACCUGAGGGAGAGUACUCCAGUGGGGGAGUAUGGUGAGGAGCGCCCUCACGGUCACCACAGCAGUGGAUAUGGCGAUGACCGUCCAUCCUACGGUGGUGGUCGGCCGGAAGGAGGAUACUCCAGCGGAGGAUACGGUGAUGAGCGCCCUUCGUACGGAAGUGGAAGACCCGAAGGCCACGGUCAUAGCAGCGGUGGCUACGGAGGCAGCGAUGACUUCUCUUCUGCCCUGCACCACGCCCAAGGACACCACGGCAGCGACAGCAGUUCAGGUGCCUCCUCGUUCUUCAGCGAGGCUCUGAACUUCUUGAAGCAGAACCAGGGCCGCUUCUCGAACGAGGACAUUGACGAGAGCCACAUGGUCAGCGCUCACCAGUCGCUGUACGGCGGCAGCGGCGGCGGCGAGGGCCGCAAGCACGACUCCAACACCCUAGGAGCCGGGGCCGCCAUGCAGGCGCUGAAGCUGUUCACCUCGGGAGGGUCGUCGGGCACUGACAAGAACGAGCUGAUUGGGCUGGCCAUGUCGCAGGCAGCGAAGCUCUGGGAGCAGCAGAACAGCUCUGGUAGUGUGAGCGGCGACAAGCAAUCUGCCAUCAACAAGGCUGCCGAAUUGGCCUUCAAGAUGUACAUGAAGGGUCAAGGCAACGGACUGGGAGGGACCGGUGGUCCGGCGGUAAUCUUUAAAAGAGUAGUAUUAGCUGAAGCAAUACUCCGGGUUCAUGUCAAGGUGAUGAGCCCCACCUAUGCAGAUGCUCCUGAUUGA